CAACAAUAGUCCCGUCUCAGACAUACUACGCCAUAGUUGAUUAGAGGAGAACUGGGGUCAGAAAAGUUUGGCCAACUUCCCAGAAUUUGUACCAGAGGAAGAAAAUAAACAGUGCGAAAACAUCAUUGAUGUAACAAACUAUAUUUAAAUUGCACGGAUCAGCUAACACAUGUGAAGAGAUCAAACUUAACUUUUCGGAUAUGAAAGUUAGAAAAAGAUGACCAUGGAUGAAUUCCACCCAUUUAUCGAGGCUCUGUUGCCUCAUGUGAAGGCAUUCUCUUACACAUGGUUCAACUUACAGGCAGCUAAAAGAAAGUAUUACAAAAAACAUGAGAAAAGAAUGAAUAUGGAAGAAGAGAGACGUGUGAAAGAAGAACUUCAAAAUGAAAAACCAGAAAUCAAACAGAAAUGGGCUUCCAGAUUAUUAGCAAAGUUACGGAAAGAUAUAACCCAGGAAUGUCGAGAAGAUUUUGUGUUAAGCAUGACAGGAAAAAGGCCUCCAGUUUGUGUAACAAGUAAUCCCGAUCAAAAAGGAAAAAUGAGACGAAUAGACUGCUUAAGACAAGCAGACAAAGUGUGGAGAUUGGACCUUGUCAUGGUGAUUUUAUUCAAAGCUAUUCCACUGGAAAGUACUGAUGGUGAACGAUUAGAAAAAUCACAUGAGUGUAUGAACCCUGCUUUAUGUGUAAAUCCUCAUCAUAUAAGUGUGUCUGUGAGGGAAUUAGAUCUCUAUUUGGCUAACUUUAUACACAGUUAUGUACCAGAUCCCAGAUCAGAUUAUGCUGACAUGCAGAUGAAUGAUCAUGAUAUCAAAGUGCCUGGAAAUAUUCACUCAGGGGUAUCAGGAAAUGACAGCAUCUCGGCCACAGGUGUAUUUUCUGCAAGAGAAUUGUUACGGGUUACAAGACACAAUAUCAAUCUUUUUGCAGCAUCUAUUGUUUUACCGCAGAAUGGAAUACAUCCUAUGAUGCCCCCAGCAAAACAAAUGGACAGUCCCAGUUAUUAUAACUAUAGUGCCCAGGACAUAGUGAUGCAUGUUCAGCAGGGUCUUCAAAAUGGCCCUGCCCUGAGUCCUUCAGGGAACCCUCACAAACGAUUAAAACGUACAACUAUGAGUUCUAUUUCGUCAGCAGACGAUGAGGUAGAAAGUGUAGGUGAUGAAAGUGAGUCAAUGAGUAGUUACUAUGGAAAAUCUCAGGCAAAUCUGAGUGGAAAUAGCUCAGCAGGUUGGCAAGGCGAUAGUAUGGAUCCAGGUAUCACAACUCAUAGCCCACCAGUCAUGUCAUCACAUAUCAUCAUCCAUAGUAGUAAAGCCAGCGAUUUUACCCCAGUCCGUUGUGUGCCAACUCCUCCACGAUCAACCUCAUCCCCAGGAAUGCAACAACAGAUGAUUUUAUCCUCAGGUGCAGGACCCCCUCCUCAUUCAGCAAAUAUGAAAUUUCAAGAAAAUGCUGGAGCUGAUACAUUUUCUGAUUUUGUUUCGCUUGUAUGCCAAGAAGCACAAAAUUCUCAAGGCCAGUCAAACUCCUCUACACCAUCUAUGAAAAGUCCAGCAAAGAUGGCACAUUAUUUUCCUGGGAUGUUGCCUCCACCCCCACCACCACCUCCAAACCUAGCCAGACCAGUGGCCAUUAUGAGGACAUCAGAUGGACUGCCGGUAACCAGUGGUGGCCAAUCUUUAAUGAGCCCUGCUCCACCUAGUUCCUCUAACAGUAACCACACUACUAGUACGUCUCCUGACACACCACCAGCUAACAGAACAGUUAUGACCAGUCCUUUCUCUGUACUUGGUAGACCAGAACAUGCGUUUGCACACAUCCACCCUCAGGGACAUCAAAUGUUCUCAUACCCCAGUAUAAGUCCUGUAAGUAUGAAUGCCAUAAGUGGAGUAAUAAGUCCAACAACACUCAGCUUAUUAGCUUCACCAGUUGCUACACCCAGGACAACACCUCGAUCGACACCCAUCCCCAGAUGGACAAACCCUUUUAUAUCACUUGAUGAGAACAUGGAUUAUGGAAUGUUAUCCAAUUUCUAUGGAGUCAACUCAGAGGAACAUUUACUCAAUGAAGAGAGAUAUUAUAACAACUCACAUAACAGUGAUGGUUUAGAAGCAUCGGGUUCAAGUACCAACAGUGGACCAUCAACAGGUUCACACACACACCACUCCACACCAGGUCCACCAAGUCCACAAGAACCCUCAAAACAGACUCCACAACCAACUUGACAUUAGUAAUCUUAGGGUGCUGAGCUGUGAUAUAAUAGUGUGCCUCCCUUGGGGACAUGACACACCCACCUUGUUCCCAGGGGACCUGUACAUAUGCUGGUUGUUUGUCCUGGCAUUUGAAAGCUUUACAGAUUUGUGUUUAGUAUUACUACAGUGAUAUUAACAGCCAAAUAUAUAUAUAUCUAUAUCCAUUGUUAAAAAUACUAUGCAACAUUGUAAGUGUUAGUGAUUGUUAAAACUAGUCGUCAUUUUUUGUGUGAACAUUACUAGUCCAAAGUGCUACCCCCUUAUAACUGUGAUCUGUAAUAUAUAUUCUGUAUUUAAUAUUAUAACCUUCUAUUUAUUUUCUUUUUCAUAUUAUAUAGAAUUUUUUCUUCAAAAGAUCAGGAAAUAAAAAAAUUAUAAAAAAUUAGUUCAAAUUAAUUAAAAAUUAUUAGCGAUCAGUUAGAUAAAUUUAUCACACACAUUAAUUCAUGUUUGUUGUGGUUUCAAGCAUAAAAUUGUAAAUUUUUUGUAACUUUCAAAAUGUUAAACAUAAUCAAAAGGAAAUAUUUGAUAAAUAAGUUAUUAAUGAUUAAAGAAAAUUAAAACUAAGUGUUAUUUCAGAAAGCAAUAACAUAAAAUAUAGAAUUGAAUAUUUGAAACUAAUUUGUGUGAAUGUUUUACAAAAUAAUUUCUUUAAGUUAAGACUUUUUAAGUUCAUAUAAUUGGUGGUUUUGUUGAAAUUUGUUUGUCAAACUGCUGAAUAAAUUGUCUUCCUGUUUUGUGUUAUUAAACAAUAAUUAGAUAUAUCAUGUUAAACCAAUGAGGCUGUUCUAACCCGGUGUUGUAUUAGUUAUUAUAAAAUCUCUUUCUGUCACCUUUUCUUUUGAAGUAGAUGCAAUUUAAAUAGUGAAACCUCAAUAUGGCAACUGAGUAUAUAGUAAACUGAGUGAACAAAACUAAUCAACAGUAUUAUGUCAAAAAUUGUUCAUGGCUUACAGUGAUAUGAACAUAGUGUUGAAUAUUGUCGUCUUGCUUUCUCCAAUAGAAAUGGUAUGCUAGUGUCCUACAAACAAUUAUUGUAUGCAAGAAAACAAACGUGCCUUUGUAUUGAUGAGAAAUUGAGUACCUUGCCUCUUAAUUAACCCCUUUAAUGUUAGCUUCAAUUAUAAGCGGGUGUUUUUAUGUCUAGCAAAGAAUUUGGAGGGAGCAAAACUAAACUAUUCCAGAUGAUCAUUUAUACCAUAGAAUGCAGCCCACGGAAUGUUUCACCAAGUUUGGGAAGAUAACACAUGUCUUAAGAUUUUUAUUCUUAUUCGAUGCAAUAUUACAAUAAACAAUGAUAUAAUAUAUGUAGUAUUUACGAAAUAACUCUUCACCUUGAAAUAAUUGAAAACGUUUGGAAAGUAUUACUUUGUACCUAUUUUUGACAGCUAAAUUUCUAAUUUGAAACUGCUAUGUUUGAUAAUUCUGUAGAUAAUAGAUCUUGGUCAAAAUAAAGUAAAGAUAAUUCUACCCAGUCUGAAACAAACUAUUUAUUCAGAAUAUAAUUUUAUAAAACAGCUUUCUCUGUCAAAUUAAAUAUUUUGAUAUUAUUUGUCCAGCUUAUGAAAAAUUAUCUAUAAAGUCAGUAUUCUGUAUUUGAAGAAAAUUGAUGUACCAUAAAAGAAGAAAAUGAUCUUGCAGUAGAAAAUAGACCCAUUGUUGUGAUAUUGUUUUGUUUAAGAAAUGAAAAUUUUGAUAGUUUUAUCUUUCCUCCAAUUUAUAUCAUAUCUACCUCACUGUAUGCACAUAAUUAAAAUAAUAUGCACUUUGUAUAUGGAAGUUUGUACAUUGUUGAAUUGUUACAACUUGUUUUAAUGAAUAUGUUUAUCAUGUCACCAAAUAUAUAAAAUCUCAUCUUUCAAGAUCAUAUUGCUAAAAAUUCACCACUUUUUUGCAGUGAUUUUUAAGCAAUAUAUUCAUGUAUAUAUAUGUAAAUUAUUAAAUCGCAAAGGGCUUUCAAUGAACAAAUCAAAGAUCAUGCAACUGUUGGAAUAAGACCGUGUAGUGCUGGUAGUUUGCUGUGUGUGUUAAUACUCGUGUAAAUAGUACAACAAAUGGCAUUUUGUUAUCUUCAAUCAUGUUUGUAUUUUUUUAUAUUAAUUUUAUUAUUUAUUUAUAGAUUAGCCACAUCGUGUAUGAAAUCCACAUUUGUAUAUCUACAUUGUAAAUUUUUGUUUUUAUUUAUUAUUUUGUUAUUAUUAGUGUCUAAAUCUUUGUUAAAUUUCUUGCCACUGUUAAUUUGCAUUUUAACAAAGAAGUAGAUAUUAUGUUAGACUAGUUGUUAAUAAGUUGCUAUUUUUAUUUAUUCUCCAUACCUUGGUUUAAGUAAGCCAAGCUUUUAAAAUGAUUUAAUCAGGAAACUUUUAAAAUGUAAUUUUGUGCAAAGAUUUACUUGGAAAACUGGAAAAUAUUUAAGUGAACAACAGAAUAAAAUGCAAUUUUUUCUAACGUAUAUUCUUGUUGGUAAAAUCUUCCAAAUGUUCAUGAAAUGAUCAAAAAUGAAAACUAGAUGGGUUUUGAAAACAUAAAAAAGACUUCAACUAAUAUUCAUGAAACAACAAAAAAGAAAAAAAAGAAAACCACAUUCUGUUAAUAUACAUUUUAGUAUCAAUUUGUUAAAAAGUGUUAAUGUUGGAAAUCCUCAUGUCUUGGCAGACUAGUUGUCAUAUCAAAUUUCAGUGUGGAAUUAUUGUGUAUUACAUAGCUUAAAUAUAUUCAUCAUUAGAAAUUUAAUUUAGCCGUGUUUUCUUUAGAUAGAAAUUUGAUUUUCUGGAGUAGAUGUGUUUACAAACAUUGAAAAUAACAGAAUUUGUUGUAUUCUCGGAUAGUUUGUUACCCUUCCAUUAUGUUUCAAGUCCAAUGCUAUUUGAGAAUUUGCAGAAUCCUUGCUGUUGCUAUUCUACAAAGAUUAUAGGCUUAUGAACUGUCUGUGUCCUUUCAGUAUACUAUGAUUGUAAGGACCUUUGGUCUAUAUUAUUCUGAAACAUUGAAUUUCGAUAAUAAUCAAAAUAGAAAGACAUUAUAGAAGUAGUUUUUAUAAUUAGGAAAGGUCAACCUGAUAAAUAUAGACCCAAAUACAUUCUGUUUUUGAAAAAGUAAUUCAGAUUAAAACAAUAAUUAUAGGCCAGUCCAUUCUGUUUGUAGAUAAGUGAUUCAAACAGUCUGAUGCUUUCUGAAGAAAUACUAAUAAUUGCUUCUAAUAAAACAGGGCCUAGAACAUUAAUGCCAAAUUUCUUAGCCAAAAGAAUUACUUGGGGGAUCAAACAUUGAACUUGGUAACAGCCAGUUUAACCUUUGCAUGAAAACCAUGUUGUUAUGCUUGUUAUAUCAUGUUGUUUUGUAUAUUUUGUUUCCAUUAGCUGGUGUUACUGUAUAGUGUAGCGAUCAUAAACAGUGUAAAUAAGUUUGUAUACAUAUGCUUUAAUUUAUUAUUUUUCGAGUGUGAGACGUACAUGAGAUGGGGGUGGAACCUUGACAAGAUGUCAAGGUUUUGGACACUUUAAUGUGUCUAUGAUCUGUGAUCACAUUUAUACAGAAUGGGGUCUGUUGUUAUGUUUUUAUACUGUUAAACAUUUGAUUUAGUGUUUUUGUAUAUUUUAAAAAAAUGAUACAAAAAUAACAUGUAUUUUAAUGAGUGAUUUUGUGUCAGGGUAUAUAAUAUUAAGACAUAUAGACUUUCAUCCCAAGUUUUCUGUUAAUAUGUCAAACCUCUAUUGCAUGAAAGAUGCAUGAUUAGAUUAUUUUUUUCUUAAAUCACAAGAAUACAAGUAUAUUGGCUUAAGAUAUGAGUUUGAAAUUUAAUAUGUAAUAUGCAACCAAUUUGAAGUGGUACAUGAAGUGCCUUAUUAAUUGGAAAUUCAUUAAGGAGGUGGAUCUAAAAUAUAACAAAUUUUCUUUAACUUUUAUUUUAUUAAAGAAACAGUUGAAAAUCCUUUUGAAUACUUGGAUUAUUCUUGUGUCCUAAUUUUUAUAAUCAUUUAUAUUCCAUAAUUGAAUCUCUUUGAUGCAUAAUUCAUUUUAACAAAUAGAGGUAAUGAAAUACUGAUUGUUAUUAAUUGUUGACAGAGUUAUCUAACUUGGUUACCAUUGGUUACUACAUUAAAAUGGAAACUUGCACCCUGAUAAAGUUUUCGAAAUCUACACAGUGGUGUAGUAAAGUGGCAUACAGACUGUAUCCAUUUAUAUUUUAGCAAAUAAACACAAAAUCUGGUUUUUAUAUA